CACGCUUCGUUAUCACCUACUAUAACUUCUAGCUCUUUUAUGAUGACAUAACUGUGACGCUCACGCAGCAGUCGUGCAGCAGGCUCCAUACUUCCCUGCUAUAAUAGGAAUUCCUGUUAACUGCUCUUGUUACAGCUCACUUACAGCUGAACAACAAGAUUAAGAGUCAAGCGUAUGGCAACCGCAAGGGCGUGAAGUCAUACGCCCUUACUUUGUAUCACUUAGGAGUACACGUUUGGUGCACAUGUAACCACGUCUAAUUCUGAACUGUACAUAAGCCAUGGCCGACUACCUAAAGCAUUUUAUAGACCGGGCGACGGACGUGCCCAUGCAGCUGCGUCGAAGACUAGCACUCAUCAGGGACUUGGAUGAAAAGUCCGGCGCCUUGCACCGUGAGAUUGACGGGAACUGCAAGCGACUGCUUGCUGAGAAGGCGCAGCAGCCGAACAAACGACAGAAGGUCGAUGGUGAGGAUUCACCGCAAGCCUAUGACGUGGAGUCGGCCCUUAAGCGUCUACUUGGUCUGGCGGACGAGAAGGUCAACAUCGCUAACCAGAUCUAUGACUUCAUGGACAAGCACAUCAACCAGCUAGAUUCGGAGCUGCAGCAGCUAGACGCAGAGAUUGAGGCAGACCGACAGGAGCUGGGGCUGGAGGAGGAGGAGACGGCGUGCGGGAAGCUGGGGCUGGAUGUGCCCAAGGGAGCGAACCCUCCCGCGCUGGGGCGAGCACCGGAGCAGAAGAAGAAGCGUGGGCGGCGCAAGGAGGAGGCAGCUGUUGCCGAGCCCGUGCUGCAGGAGGCCACCGAGAACGAGCCGGCGUACUGCAUCUGCAACAAGCCCUCAGCGGGUCAAAUGGUGGGCUGCGACCAUCCCGACUGCACCAUUGAGUGGUUCCACUUCGAGUGCAUGGGCCUGAAGGCGACACCCGUGGGCCAAUGGUACUGCCCCAUCUGCCGCGGAGACAAGCCCAACAAGAAGCAAGGCAAGAAGGGGUAGCGGCUGUGCUGUAGUGCCAGAUCGACGCUGCUUCGAGUGCUUGCUUGGUAGAUACCUGGAUGGCCGGUGCUGACAGGAUGCUGGAAAGCAGUUGGUACAUAAAUAGGUUGCUUUCUUGGCGGGCGAGCAUGAGGGCUAUGUUGCGGAGGCGUUGCGCUUGUCUACGUGGACUGUCAUUUUUCGUAUUGCUAGCCUAUACUAAUCUUACGCUUAGAUUAAAGGUUCUGCGUCAGGCUAUAUCGUAGCAUUUGGUCGUACAGUAGUACGAAGUGGCCAUAGAAGAUCUCGAAGUGGACCGUAUAACAGCUGUACAUAUGGCGACGUCUUGUAUGAGGAUUGUUUCGUAAUUUGGCUAUCCACGAACUGCAUCAGCGGAGCCAUGUGUAGGGACUUCUGAUAGCUUGUAACAGGUGUAUAACGCAAAGAUAUUAAUGCAUGUAUUACUACCUGGCAACACAGCCAGAUCCCAUAUAUACCUUGGAAUCUGUGCUG